CGGCAAUUUUUGAUUUUGAGUGAUGAGAAUGAAUGAAUGACAUGGAAAAGGACCAAUACGCUUACUUCCCUUUUUGAGAAUGUCUUGAGGUGCCCCCGCAGGUCUCCUCCCAGAAAUGGGAGUGAGGGAGCUCAGAAAAGGGGCUAGUCCUUCUUUCACUUACUUCACCUUUUUGAGAAAGGCUCAAAUGUGAGAGCCACAACACAUGAGCAUCACCAUUCAGCCCGAUCGCCAGGCUGGGGGCAUGGGAUCGAACAAACCGCGAAUGUAGACAAUCUCCUCCAACUUAUUGGCACAUUUUCCCCCGCACCCAAUGUCUUUUCUUUCAGGGGAGCAUUAAACUGUUGAUCACCUUGGAGACAUAAAGGAUCCACAUGGACACCAUGUUGCUGAUGCCCUCAGUGCACUGGCUUCUGCUUUUCUGGGGGAUGCAGGGUGUUUGGCCACACGACCACAGAGGCAAUGAUGACGAGAUGAACACUCAGAGGAAAAACAGGCAAUACGCAAAUUAUGGCAAAUCACUUACGGAUGAUGCCUGCAGUCUGGAAUUAGCCUUUUUGAUUGACAGCUCAGAGAGCGCCAAAGACAAUCACGCACAAGAAAAGCGGUUUGCCACAGAAGUGACCGAGCGACUGCAGGGCCUCCACAUGCAGAGCGGCCGCAGCCUCAUCACCCGCUCGGCCCUGCUUCAGUACAGCAGCCAUGUCAUCAUCGAGCAAACCUUUAACCAGUGGCAGGGUCCCGACAGUUUCAAGGCCCACAUAGCUCCCAUGACAUACAUCGGCCACGGCACCUACAUCACCUACGCCAUCACCAACCUCACGCGCAUCUAUCUGGAAGAGUCGGCUCCCAGCAGCAUCAAGGUGGCCAUUCUGCUCUUCGAUGGUAUCUCGCACCCAAGGAACCCUGACAUAGCGUCAGCCGUGGCUGAUGCCAAGAACCAGGGCGUCCGCUUCUUCACCGUCGGAAUUACGCCUGAAGCCAAGGAGUCAGCCAAUAUUGCCCAGCUGCGACUAAUUGCGAGCUCGCCAGCCUCACGCUACCUUCAUAACCUGCAGGACGGAGGCAUUGUGGAAAAAGUCGUCCGAGAGAUCACAACACUGGCAGAUGAAGGAUGUCCCCUUGUGCAGAGCCUGUGUGCAUGUGAGAAGGGUGAGCGGGGGCCCAGCGGCCCCGCUGGCAAGAAGGGCCGUCCUGGCGAGGAUGGAAUCCCAGGACUAAAGGGUCACAAGGGUGAGGCUGGGCUCAGCGGACUGCCAGGUCGAGAGGGAGCUGAAGGCAGACCAGGAUACAAAGGAGAACAGGGGGAGAGAGGAGAAUGUGGCACUCCUGGAAUCAAGGGAGACAGAGGUCCUGAAGGGUCCAUUGGCCCCAGGGGAAAUCGUGGACUUCAGGGUUUGCCUGGUCCUCCUGGUGAUAUUGGACCUGAAGGUGUGGCUGGCAAAAAAGGCGAACGAGGACUUCCUGGUCCAUCUGGAAUCCAAGGGGAGACAGGAAUCGGGCUCCCAGGACAAAAGGGAAAUGUUGGGCACCAGGGUCAACCAGGGCCAGUCGGUCCAGUGGGCCUUGGUGAACCUGGACCACCGGGGCCUCAAGGGCCACAGGGUAUCCAAGGAGAAAGAGGGCCUUUGGGAGAAGGUUUCCCUGGCCCAAAGGGGGAGCGAGGCUUGGAGGGGCCACGGGGGCCCAGAGGACUAUCGGGUUUUGGAAUUAAAGGAGACAAGGGGGAGUUUGGCCCUCCUGGUCCUCCAGGCCUCGUCGGCCUACCAGGUCUGGGCAUCCAGGGUGAGAAGGGCAUUGAAGGUCCCAGAGGGCCACCAGGGUUCCGAGGUCCACAGGGAGAAGGUCUACCUGGGCCCAAGGGAGACCAGGGAUUGCCGGGUGAAGUUGGCUCCCCAGGAGAGAGAGGAAUUGGAGAACAUGGAAAUAAGGGUGAGCAAGGAUCACCAGGAAUAUCGGGGUUGCCGGGUUUACCAGGGGAGGACGGAGCUCCUGGGCAGAAGGGUGAGCCAGGAGCUCCAGGCCUUAGGGGGACAGAAGGGUCACCAGGAACUGGAACGCAAGGUGAAAAGGGUGACCAAGGUCAAAGGGGAAUAAGAGGCUUGACCGGGCCACCUGGCAUUAGUGGCCCGUUAGGCCCCAAGGGUGAACCUGGGUCACAAGGCAGGGUGGGUUUACCUGGUCCACCCGGACGAUUUGUAAUAGGACCCAAGGGUGAUGUUGGACCAAGCGGCCCUCCUGGUCCGAUUGGGGAGAGUGGCUAUGGGCUUCCCGGUCCAAAGGGUGACCAUGGAGAUCCAGGCCCUGCAGGUCCAUUUGGCCCAAAAGGAGAAGGCUAUCCCGGCCCCAUGGGCCCCCCUGGUCUACCUGGGCUUCCAGGAGAAACUGGCCUUGAUGGGAUAGGCUUUCCUGGUCCAAAGGGGGACAUUGGUUUCCGAGGGCUGCCUGGUUUACCGGGACCUCCGGGUGAAGGACUGCCAGGACCUCAGGGUCUUCCCGGCCGACCAGGACCCCUCGGGCCAGUGGGCCCACCAGGAUUUGGAGUCCAAGGACCAAAGGGUGAACAGGGAGUCCAGGGUGUGACAGGAUCAAGGGGGCCCGCUGGAGAAGGCUUUCCUGGAGCUAAAGGUGACCGUGGUUCUGCAGGGGAGAGGGGCCUGAAGGGCUUCAAAGGAGAUAUGGGUGACCCAGGGAACCCGGGGCAACCCGGUCGAUCUGGUGUAAAAGGAGAAGCAGGCCUCACGAGGGAGGACGUCAUCAGAUUGAUCAGAGAAAUAUGUGGAUGCGGGAUCAAGUGUAAGGAGAGGCCGAUGGAGCUGGUGUUUGUCAUUGACAGCUCCGAGAGCGUGGGGCCAGAAAACUUUGAGAUCAUUAAAGACUUUGUCAACGCACUGGUGGACCGAGUCACGGUGGGUCGCAACUCCACCAGGAUCGGUCUGGUACUGUACAGCCUGGAAGUCAGGCUGGUGUUCAACCUGGCCCGCUACGCAACCAAACAAGACAUCAAACAGGCCAUUAGAAGCAUUCAGUACAUGGGAGAGGGGACCUACACUGGUACGGCCAUCCGCAAAGCGACCCAGGAAGCGUUCCACAGUUCACGCCUGGGAGUCAGCAAAGUUGCCAUCGUUAUUACUGAUGGACAGGCGGACAAACGGGAGCCGGUGAAGCUUGAUAUUGCCGUACGAGAAGCACACGCUGCGAAUAUCGAAAUGUUUGCCCUUGGUAUUGUCAACACCUCGGACCCAACACAGGCAGAGUUUCUUAGGGAGCUCAACUUGAUCGCAUCUGACCCUGACCCUGAGCACAUGUUCCUCAUUGAUGACUUCAACACCUUGCCAGCUCUGGAAUCCAAGUUGGUCAGCCAGUUCUGUGAGGACGAGAAUGGAGACUUGAUAUAUAACAGACUAACAAAUGGAAACAAUGGCCAUAGCAACAGCAGGAAUGGUAACAAUGGGAGGUAUGCCGAAGGCGUCAAUAGGUACCAGCCCGCCACGGACUGGGAACUCCUGAACACCCGUCAGUCCAACAACCGGAACCAUGGGGACAGUGUGGCCACCUUCCAGUAUGACCAGAAAGGUUCCAGCACAGGACAACAAGUGCACGCAGAGACGACACACCGAGGAACUGAACGUGGGGACACCUUUAACCGUGGCACAGCAUUCCAACGCAUUCCUCCUUCCAGAGAGGACUCUUCUUCUGUAAACUUAACAUCGUCAUCGUCAGGCGUUUCUGUGAAGUCGAUUCCAACACCAAGACCAGCUCUUCCCAAAGCGACUGUGCCCUUAGACCCUCGCUGUGCCUUGGCUCUGGAUCAGGGCUUGUGCCGCGAAUACACCAUCCGAUGGUACUAUGACAAGCAGGCCAACGCAUGUGCUCAGUUCUGGUUUGGAGGCUGCAGCGGUAACAGGAACCGCUUUGACACAGAGGAGGAAUGCAAGAAGACUUGUGUGCUAACCACUUCUAAUGGAGGCUGAGUGAAGACACUCUGUAGAGAUUCUAAUUUAGCUUCAGAGUCUACCGUUCUUCAUCGCUCAUACUCAGGAACAGAAGACGUGUACGGUAUUUCUCUCCCCAUGGGACCAGAUUUAUUUUUUCAUACAUUCUCUGCAUGAAGCUGCAACAUUUGCUACAACUUGAGGAGGCAACACACUGCGGAAAUGAAGCUCCUUACCACUCUGGUUGAAGCAAAAUGGAAAUUCAUUUUCUUGAACGUUUACUAGUUUCUGCAUUCAAGUGUCUUCAAUUGACGUGGGGGAAAUGAAAUAUUGUAGACAUCUUUUUAAAGGACGACGUUUUGUACAUCACGACACCCACAGCACACACACUCACUCACUCACACGCAAAUACAUUCUCUGUCUCCUACUGGCCAAUUUACAACAAUGUCAUGGGGGCAUCAGUGAGAUAAUAAAACUUAGUUUAAGUAGAGUCGCGAGUCUGUACAGGCUGCUUCACAGUACACUAUGCACAUUAUCUGG